AUGGACGAAGGCUACCUCAACCCCGGAGGCAGCACACGCUGCCCCUCCCGCUGCAGGCGCUACUUUGCUGGUGCAGGCCCCGGCGACGGCACCAUCUGCCAAAAGCAGGCAUCGGGAGUGGGCACUGCUCAACAGAACUUCGAGUUGGGCGUGGCGUGCUAUCCAGCAUAUGGGUGUGGGAGGGACAUGAUUACAUGCGUGGAUCAGGCAUUUGAGGGCUCCUUGCCCGAUACGUCUGAUGCAGCAGCUGCAUGUGCAGAUCUGGCGCUGGUCCAGCCAGAAGAUCCUUGGACAUGCGGCACAGCCGAGGAAAACCGACCUCCAUGCGUGAACAACACCCCCAACAACAAUGCUGGCAAGUGGCUUAAGGCUAACGGAAAUCUGGCAUGUGGCUGGGGCUCCACCUAUGGUGGGGUUUACCCAAAUUACACUGGAUCCCCCACACCGGCCACUGAAUAUUUCCAGGCGUCCAGUGACUAUGAGUGCUGCCUCAAGGCGAUGUCCUUCGAAAACAGCUCCUGGGAAGAAGGUGGUGCAGCUCUGUUCUUCCAGCUGAUCGGCUCGACCUGUCGUGUUGACCGCGAGAAGAUUAUCUAUGCCAACAUGGACUCCUCUUCGGGGCGAUCAGUGAAGUAUCAGGACACGCGCUGUGGUUCGGGCGAGCAGUUCUACUACCGCCAUGCUGCUGGAGCGGCAGAUGCUGCGAACCUGCACACUGGCGGUCGAUGCGUAGUGGAUGGAGGCUUCAGCCGACUGAGUGAGCUGACCUCGGGCACGAACCUUCCCGGCGGCGAGCUCCCGGAUGGCCACGAGCUGCCCAACCAUGAGUGCCCGGAUGAAGUUCCUUCCGAAGACAACGCGUCAACUUCCCCACCAAGUGGCUGCAAUGUCACAGUGAGGUUCAACACCAUCAAUGACGCAGAGGAGUGCUGUCAGAUGUGUCGUUCCAUGAGCUGGCUGCCAAGUGUAGGUGGUGUUGUGGAGAUGGAUGAGACCAAUACUCCCAAGAACCCGUGUGUUGCUUGGCAGAUCGUGCAUGGCCGAUGCCGCAUAGUGCGCCAAGAGUACUUCGACUACUGGAACCCAGGCAUGACCAUUAAGGCAUCCUUGACCCGAGAUAGCUUCGAGGCGCCCGGCAACACAGAUUGGGUGGUGCCAAGGCGAGGCUGCGGCGAGUCUGAAGAAGCUUGCAACUACAAUUCCUUCAUCUACUACCGUCAGUUCCGUGAGGUUCAAGGGGUUGCAGUGGACCCAUCCGCGUUGUCAGCCAACAGCACGAACUCCAGCAAGAAUGCUCUCUACCGCAAGGUUGUGUCGGUGAACCUUCCUCCCAACGUGGAGAACUUGUCCUUCGAGCUCAAUGUCAGUGCUGUGACUUCCAGACGUGACCGUCGGUCUCAGCUGAUUCAGGACAAUGCCAACCAGAGCUUUUCAAACCUCACUGGGGCGAGCUUCGCUGAUUUGGUUGAUGUGUUCAAUGGCAACCUCACGCCCGUAAGUGAAGAGACGGCGGGGGCUGGGGAAGACUGCGGUCGGAUUGAGGUCCAUGCAGCCACUGCCAUGCGUCAGAGCGGUGGGUAUGAGAUCUUUGACGAGGAGUCGUCUCCGGAGCCCAUUUGUGUAUCCGAGUGCGUUCCAUCAGGAGGGACGGCAUCCUUCCGCUGUGGUCUCCAGAACUCCACCAACUCCACGCCAGAUGCAGGCCCGGGUCGUCGGCUGGCCGGGGUGUCGGACAAUGUUGUCAUAUCCUUCACGGCCAUCGGGUCGGGUUACGACACCGUGAAUUUCGGGGUCGGUGCGUCCUUGAAUCAAGCCCCGUUUGCCACAGAAACCGCAACAGGCGGCAAGGGUGGUGAGGGUGGUGACACCACCCCUGACCCGGUGUCCUCAUCACCAGAUCUCAGCUUUCAUCCAAUUCAUGUCGUUUCUCUUUUGGCUGUCGCGUACCUGCAGCACAGCUAG